AUGCACGACAGCGCAUUUCUCGUGCUGUGCGCUACUUGCCUCAUAGCUGGGCUCUUCGUGAUUCUAGGAGGGCCCAAGGCGCGUCGCUUUCCGCCCGGCCCGAAAGGACUUCCCAUUGUCGGAAAUCUACUUGACAUACCCCGAGACUACCCUUGGUUGACGUACACUGCAUGGGGCCGACGAUAUGGUUCCGAACUUAUACACUUCGAGGCGCUCGGACAGCACUUCGUCGUGGUUAACAGCACCAAGGUUGCGAAGGUUCUUUUCGAUGGGCGUUCACAGAUAUAUUCGGACAGGACGCUGGCUGAUUGUAAAUGCAGAACUGGAUUCCAUCGAAACUUUGCUAUUAUGCCAUAUGGCGAAGGCUGGCGGGAACGUCGCCGACUUUUCCAUCAAUACUUUCGUUCGCAGGCAAUAGACCUGUACCACAAUCAGAUGAUGAAAGGAGCUCGCGACUUAGUGCAGCUGCUAUUGGACUCACCGGACAAUUUCCUGAGGCAUAUUCGUCACACAUCAGGAGCUACGGUACUGGACAUCAUAUAUGGAAUGGAUGUAGAUCCGAGCGAUGAUCAAGCCACAGAAAUAGUCGAUAAAGCCAUCGAGGUUUUCACAGAGAUUGCAGAUGCUGGAGGGUAUCUUGUGGAUCUCUUACCACCCUUGAAAUACUUGCCCACCUGGUUCCCGGGGGCUGGGUUCAAACGUCAGGCAUCGUUGUGGAAACAGCAAGUGGAUCGAAUGUACGAAAUGUCGUACCGAGAGGUAGAAUCUGCGGCCAGACGCAAUAAGGCUAGGCCUUGCGUGGCGUCCAAUCUCAUUUCCAAGUUCUGGGACAGUCAUGAAGAUCCGGACGUGAAGGAGACCCUCAUCAGUGUCACUGGUACAGCUUAUAGUGAGAACGGCUUAACCCUACAGAUGAUUUUCACCAUAAUUGUUUUCGUUUUGGCCAUGUUACUCCACCCAGAGGCUCAGCGCAAGGCGCAGGAGGAGCUUGACCGGGUGGUCGGCAGAGAUCGACUCCCCGAGAUGACAGACCGCGAGUCGCUGCCGUACAUUACGGCGAUGAUCAAAGAACUGCUACGGUGGCAUACGAUAGUCCCGUCAGGCGCUAUACACAAGUCCAUUGUUGACGAUUGGUAUGAUGGAUACUAUAUCCCGGCAGGUACCAUUGUAAUCGGUAAUGCAUGGGCCAUCUUACAUGACGAGAAACAAUACCUUGACCCUGAGGCAUUCAAACCGGAGCGGUUCCUUACGCCCGAGGGCGCCCUGAACCCAAGUGUCCCGGACCCCAUCGAAGCGUUCGGCUUCGGGAGGCGGAUAUGUCCCGGGCGGUACUUCGCACAGGCUGCUGUCUUUCUCUAUAUUUCCCACAUCCUUUCCGCGUUCACUAUCACCAAGCCCGUUGACGAGCUGGGAAAUAUCAUCGAGCCCACGCGCGAAUGCAUAGCUCGCCUCUUCUACGUCCCCAAGCCGUUCAAGGCCAGCAUCAAACCGCGAUUUGAAGGAGCCGAAGAAUUGAUACGGUCAUCGAGCGUUUAUGUAGACUAGACGUGAACUUACCGAUUUCGGAGACGACUGACUCCACCGUGGAUGAUAGGAUAGCUCAAUAAUAAU